UAUUUAUUUAUUUUGAAUUAAUCAUGCAUCAUCUCAUAGCUUUAAAGAUUUCAAUGAUGUCAUUGUUUGUUUUCAGAAUGAUAUUGUGGAGUAGGUGUGGGAGUCUGGAUCUGGUCAGUUUGGACGUAAAACAGGUGGAAUAUUUUGGCCAGUUUAAUUGCUAAAUGGUUAAUGAUGUUACGGUGUGCCUUCUGUUGUUGUCUCCAAGUGAUACUUAGGGGUUUCUGUCUUUUGGUGACAAGGAUCCAGUUUUUAAAUCAGUGGAGUUGCCUGCUCUUCUUUGAACAUGAAAGCGGUUGAGUAUUCCACAGACGUAGCUUUAUGAUAAAUAUCAGGCAGGAUCAGUGUGCAACAAGAUUAUAUUAUCUGGAAUUACAGGUAUCAUUCACUUCCGACAUAUCUUUCGAAGAAAACAUUGGUAUUAUUCCAGAGGAAAUAAACUGAUGUAAAACAAUGUGAUCUUCUCGUUAGUUAAAAAAAGAGAAACAAAGCACAUUGGUAUUAUUCUCUGUGGAAUAAUACCAAUGUUUUCUUCGAAAGAUAUGUCGGAAGUAUAAAGAUUUGAAUAACACCAGCGUUUAACUCCAUUUCUUUAUUUAUCCAUGUUAUCUAAAAACAUUUCACUAAACCCUGGAAUUUCUACCUUUAUAAGUAGGCUGUAACAUCCUUGGUACUUAUGUGAAUUUCUUUCUACUCUUGUAACUAUUUAUUUAUUUUUUCAUGUUAUUUGUACACAUUGAAAAAAUACACGUACAUUUAUAUAUAUAUACACACAUACACAAACAUAUAUACAUACAUACGUGUGUGCAACAAUGGCUGUGUGGUAAGAAGUUUGCUUCCUAGUUACACAGUCACAGGUUCAGUACCACAGCAUAGCACAUUGGGCCAGUGUCUGUUGUGUGUAUAUACAAGAGCAUAGGCUCAAAAAUAUUGACUUCUAUUUUUUCAUAAAUGUUAAUUAAUACACCCUGUGUUGUUCUUUCAGCCCAUUUUUGAGAUUUUUUUGUAUUUCUGUAUUUCUUUCAAUGUAUUCUUUUUUUAUUAUAACACCGCAAUUAUAAAAGCAAAUCUAUAAAAAUGACAUUUAAUAAGUCACUUCUUAGCAUUUCCAUAAACGUUUCGUUUCAGUUGGGUAACCUACGUUCAUUUUUGCAUUUCCCCCUUUCACAGUAAGGAAACCCUCGGUUCACUAUGUAAGAUCAACAAAAAUACGUGUGAAUGUAAUUUAUGAAUUUCCGUAAAAUUUCGAAUAAUAUUUCUACUUCUUUUGAAAUAAAUUCUACAUGUGUAUUCUUUUUAUCCCCCCCCCUUUUUUUUGUAAAAUGUCUUCUACCUUGUUAAUUUAGCUAAACAAUACUGUGGUGGAGUGAAAAUAAGAAUUCCAUUUUCUCUGGAUAGACAGACGCCUUUAUUUAUUUUUAAAACAUUCUUGGCUUUAGUUUUCUCAUUGGUGAAAUAUCUCCAUAAUUUAAAUAAACGAUUGUGUUCAGAGGAGAAAGCAGUAAUCUGUAAUAACAAUAAGCUUCUCUCAAGCGUUAAUGUAUUCGUUUCGUCUAGUUGAGGAUUGCCGGGUCUAUUUUUGUACAUGGCCUAUUGUAGUUUCAUUUUAAAUGUCGCACUUCGAUGUCCCAGAGUGAAAACGGUCACCGACGAUUGUUGUAAAAUAUAGAAGGUGUGUCCAAGCAGUCGUUGUCCAGUCUGAGUCGUGACAUCUUCGUCAUUGGCUCUAUCUAUAUUAACGUAAUAUCAGAUGACAUUGGCAAAGUAGAAAGUUUUAAAGACUAAAGGAAAGUCUUAUACACAAGAGACAUAAACUUGUUUAUAUAAAUCUAUGCAAGAAUUUCUGUGAAAUAUUUGAUCUGAACAGAGACAAGUUUCCAAAAUUUCCCUGCUUCGUUCUCUGAAAUGUGUACAGUAUGAUUUCAAGUUUUAAUUAAACUUUGGAUUGCAAAGCAGUUUGCAGCAUAUUCCAAUAUCAACAGAGGUCACAAUUGACAGAAACAUAACAGAAGAAACAUUUGCGAGGAAUAAAAUAUAAAAGCAAAACUAGAAAAAAACCAUUUGUAUAUUGUGGUGAAUGAUGUAAAAUUAUGGAAGAUGAACUACGUGAGAACAAGUUUGAAUGUGAACCACAGUUUAAGAGACUUGAUUUUUCUGCUGAGGAAAAACAAGAGAAAGGAAAAAUAUAUCACUGUGAUAUCUGUAACAAGUCAUUUUCUCAAAAAUGUAACUUAACUGUUCACAGACGCAUCCAUACAGGCGAGAAACCAUAUCACUGUGAUAUCUGUGGUAAAUCAUUUUCUGAAAAGGGUGGCUUAAACUUACACAAACGAAUUCAUACAGGAGAGAAGCCAUAUCACUGUGAAAUCUGUGGUAAAUCAUUCACUGUAAAUAGUAACUUAACAACUCACAGACGUAUUCAUGCAGGAGAGAAAGCAUAUAACUGUAAUAUAUGCAAAAAAUCUUUCUCUCAAAAAGGUAGCUUAGCUACUCACAUUCGUAUUCAUACUGGAGAAGAACCAUAUCAUUGUGAUAUCUGUGGUAAAUCCUUCUCUGUUAGUGGUAGCUUAACUACUCAUAGACGUAUUCAUACAGGAGAGGAACCAUAUCAUUGUGAUAUCUGUGGUAAAUCCUUCUCUGUAAGUAGUAGCUUAACUACUCACAAACGUAUUCAUACAGGAGAAGAGCCAUAUCAGUGUGAUAUUUGUAAAAAGUCUUUCUCUCAAAAAGGUAACUUGGAUACACACAAACUUAUCCAUUCAGGAGAAGAACCAUAUCUUUGUGAUAUCUGUGGUAAAUCAUUCUGUAGAAAUAGUUACUUAAUUUCUCAUAAACGUAUUCAUACUGGAGAGAAACCAUAUCACUGUGAUGUUUGUGGUAAAUCAUUCUCUGGAAAGGGCACCUUAAAUAUACACAAACGUAUUCACACAGGAGAAAUGCCAUAUCACUGUGAUAUCUGUGGGAAGGCAUUCUCUGGAAAUAGCCAAUUAGUUACACACAAGCGUAUUCAUACUGGAGAGAAGCCAUAUAGUUGUGAAGUUUGUGGUAAAUCAUUCUCUCUAAGUGGUAGCUUAACUAAACAUAAAGUUACACAUACAGGAGAGAAGCCACACCACUGUGAUAUCUGUGGUAAGUCAUUCUCUGAAAAAAGUUCCUUAAACAUACACAAACGUAUUCAUACAGGAGAUAAACGAUACCAGUGUGAUGUCUGUCACAAGUCGUUCACUCAGAAAUGUAACUUAACAACUCACCAACGUCUUCAUACGGGAGAAGAACCAUAUCGCUGUGACAUUUGUGGUAAAUCAUUUUAUAGAAGUAGUUAUUUAAUUUCUCAUAAACGUAUUCAUACUGGAGAGAAACCAUAUCACUGUGAUAUCUGUGGCAAAUCAUUCUCUGAAAAGAGUGCCUUAAAUUUACACCUGCGUAUUCAUACAGGUGAAAAGCCAUAUCACUGUGAUGCCUGUGGUAAAUCAUUCUCUGGAAGUAUACUUAGUUAUUUAACUAAACAUAGAUCUGUUCAUACAGGUGAGAAGCCAUAUCACUGUGAUAUCUGUGGUAAAUCAUUCUCUAGAAGUGGUGCUUUAACUAAACAUAAACGUAUUCAUACAGGUGAGAAGCCAUAUCACUGUGAUAUCUGUGGAAAGUCGUUCUCUGGGAGUGGUGAUAUAACCAUUCACAAACGUAUUCAUACUGGAGAGAAGCCAUAUCGUUGUGAUAUCUGUGGUAAAUCAUUUUCUGUAAAUUGUCAAUUAACCAAUCACAAACGUGUUCAUACAGGAGAGAAACCUUAUCACUGUGAUGUCUGUGGUAAAUCAUUCUCUCAACAAGGAGACUUAACUAAACAUAAACGCAUUCAUACAGGAGAGAAGCCAUAUCACUGUGAUAUCUGUAAUAAAUCAUUCUCUCAGAACGGUGACCUCACUAAGCAUAAACGUAUUCAUACAGGAGAAAAGCCAUAUCACUGUGAUAUCUGUAGUAAAUUAUUUUCUGGAAUUGGCGACUUAACAACUCAUAAACGUACUCAUACAGGAGAGAAACCAUAUCACUGUGAUGUGUGUGGUAAAUCAUUUUGUCAGAGUGGUGAAUUAAUUUCUCACAAACGUGUUCAUACAGGAGAGAAACCAUAUCACUGUGAUAUCUGUGGUAAAUCAUUUUCUGUUAGUAGCCAACUAACCACUCACAAACGCAUUCAUACAGGAGAGAAGCCAUAUACCUGUGAUAUUUGUGGUAAAUCAUUCUCUGGAAAUAGUGCCUUCUCUAAACACAAACGUAUUCAUACAGGAGAGAAGCCAUAUUGCUGUGUUGUGUGUGGCAGAGCGUUCACUGUGAGUAGUCAGUUAACCACUCAUAAACGCGUUCACACUGGGGAAAAGCCAUAUUCCUGUGAUAUAUGUGGUAAAUCAUUCUCAAGAAAUGAUACUUUAACUAAACAUAAAUUUAUUCAUACAGGAGAGAAGCCACAUCGGUGCAAUAUUUGUGGUAAAUCCUUCUCACAAAAAGGUUCCUUAACCAAACAUGUAGCUGCUCACACACAACAAUGACUGUGUCACAGUUUGGGUUUCAGUAAGUAAAUACAAUCCAACAGGUUGUUAAGUUUUGUCAUUCAAUUUGGAUUUUCUGUCUUUGUAAAUUUAGUAAUUCUAUGAAAAUUGAUGCCUUACAAAAAUUCGUAAAAUUACUAAAGGUACAGAAUGAGCAAGAGGAAAAAACAUUAAUUUGAACAAAGAUUAAAUAGUGUGUGUUCUUGUGAUGUAAUUACUGCAUCUGUCUAAUUAGUAUUUCCCAACCCUUUUUCACCUGUAGAUCCCUUGGAUUCCUGUUUUACCUGGGUGGACCCUCAUCGCCAUUUCGUGUUUAAACAAUCCUGUAACAUUUUUAUAAUUAAAUAUUAUUAGGAAUUGUGUAAAAAAAAUUAAAAGAUUUUGUGUAGAAAUGUAACCAAUUUUAUUGCACAUAAAUUUCAGCAAUAAAAUUUCAUAUGGACCCCAGGUGAGAACCACUGAUCUAAUCCAUUGUAUGCGGCGGAAACCCCCCCCCACCUAAUUUAUUAUACUUCAUAGCAAUAGAGAGGACUUAACAGUGUGAUAACAUCCUACCACUGUAUUUUAUAUAAUCAUUGUUAUAUCUACAUUGGUGAAGAGGUAAGAUGAUGAUUAAUUAAUGGUCUGUUAUAGUCUGAGGAAGACGUUUCUGCAAUCAUCAUCAUCAUUUAAUAUCUGCUUUCCAUGCUGGCAUGGGUUGGAUGGUUUGACUGAGAACUGGUAAGCCAGGAGGCUGCACACAAAUGUAUUUGCUGUACACUAGUUCACUCCUUCCAUCAAAUCAAUGUUGCCUGAACAAGUAUAUGGUAUACCACACAUGAGGUGUUGAAGUGAUGGGAGGGGAACAUGUGAUGAAGUGUUUUGUUGAAGAAGUCACUGCACCUCCUCCUGGUUCAGGAGUUGAAACCAUGAUCUCAUGAUCAUGAGUGCAAACAACCUAACACUCUGUCCUAUGGUGACCUGCAAAAAAAAAAAAAAAAAAUCAAUCUAUGUGUUUCAAGCUGUUGGCUACAGUUUCAUACUUAGAUGGCUGAAAUUUUACAUAGGGACAUUUUGAAGAAUCAGAGACUAGGCUUUUUGCCAUUUUUACUUUUUAAAUCUUUAAUAAAUUAUAUUUUUUUUUUAUUUUUAAAUAAAUCAAAUUUUUGUUAGUAUUCAC